GGUCGUGGUUGUGAGUCGGUCGGCACGGUCGCACACGAAAUCGGUAGGUCGUCUGCCGCAUUUUCCGCCCGAUCUUCCGGAUUAUCCAUUUUCCGGUUCGGUCAGGAACCAACCCUCCUUGGUCACGCACUCGGUUUCUAUCACGAGCAAGCACGUUUCGAUCGCGACUCAUUUAUCCGCGUGAUGACGCAGAAUAUCCAGAACGGCUUGGCGGGUCAAUUCUCGAAGCAAUCGGCGCAGAGAAUGCAAACCUUCGGCAUCAGAUACGACUACGGUUCGGUGAUGCAUUACGGCUCGAAGGUCGGUCUUAUUUGCUGUUCUAGGUGCUUUUGCUAUUUGAUGAAUAGUUUAAACGGCUUCUCCACGAACGGUCGCAACACCAUCGAAACAAUCGACCGCAACUAUCAAAGCACCAUCGGUCAACGUUUCGGUCUAUCCUUUGCCAACGUUAAAAUGAUGAAUAAGGCAUAUUGCGGUGGUCAGUUCGUAAAUCUGAACUGUCAGAACGGUGGCUAUCCAGACCCGAAAGACUGCUCAAAAUGCCGAUGUACCGAUGGUGUGGCUGGCAGAACGUGCAAUCAGAUGAGAUCCACCCGCACCAAAUGCGGUCAGCUCAUUCGCGCAUCCACCGGCACACUGCAAACCCUCUCGCAAUCCGGGGCUGGUGAAUGCAACUACAUGAUUACGGCACCGGCUGGUCGUCGUAUCGUGCUCGAUGUCAACAGUCUACGAUUCGCGUCCGGGGCGCCGUGUCCGUCGGCCUUC